AUGCUAUCCAGACGAGUACUAUCCCACGCCGUGGGCAAGCCCGUCGUCUCACCGGCCUGUCUGCAAUGCCGCUCCUUCUCUUCAUCUCGCCCGGCAUUGGCUGAAGCUCAAGCCGCGAAUGUAAAGAAGCUGGGAGUCGUUGGUGCUGGCCAGAUGGGUCUCGGAAUCGCCCUCGUGGCUGCUCGCGCUGCAGGCGUCCCCGUCACGCUCGUCGACACAUCACAGCAGUCCCUCGACAAGGGCCUUGCCUUCGCCGACACGCUCCUCAGCAAGGAUGUCUCCAAGCAGAAGAUCUCGCAGGAAGAUGCCGAUACUAUCCGCGGCCGCCUCACGCCCACGACUAAGAUGGACGAUCUGGCAGACGUGGACAUGGUCAUCGAGGCUGUGCCCGAGAUAGUUGACCUCAAGACCAACAUCUUUGCCCAGCUCGCUCAGACUGCUCCCGCCCAUGCCAUUCUGGCCACUAACACGUCGUCGAUAUCGAUUACGCGCAUUGCCGCCUCCACGACAAAGGAUCCCACCGACCUCAGUGCCUCCUCCCGCGUCGUCUCUACCCACUUCAUGAACCCAGUACCUGUCCAAAAGGGCGUCGAAAUCAUCUCGGGCCUGCAAACCUCUCCCGAAACCCUGGCAACCGCCAUCGAGUUCUGCAAGCGCAUGGGCAAGGUCCCCUCCACUUCCGCUGACUCGCCCGGCUUCCUCGCCAACCGCAUCUUGAUGCCGUACAUCAACGAAGCCGUCAUCUGUCUAGAGACCGGCGUUGGGCAAGAGAAGGACAUUGACGACAUCAUGAAAAACGGGACAAACGUGCCCAUGGGUCCACUGCAGCUUGCAGACUUCAUUGGAUUGGAUACAUGUCUUGCGAUCAUGGAGGUGCUGCACACGCAGCUUGGUGAUAGCAAGUACCGGCCUGCUGUGAGGCUGAGGCAGAUGGUAGAUGCCGGCUGGCUUGGCAAGAAGAGUGGCAGGGGUUUCUAUACGUACUGA